AUGAGUGACCCUACCAACCCUCAUAUCAAAGAGCGAACUACGCCCCAAUGGGGCCUGUAUCAGCGCGAGAACUUUUGGAAACAGAAUGAAGGGAAGACCCCUUUGUUCAACACAGACCCACGCAAGAUGGAAGAGAGAGCCAAAGAGAAGCUCAGCGAAGGUGGAUGGUACUAUGCCUCCUCGAAUGCCGGCAUGUCCAACACCCAUCUCGUGAACCGACAAGCAUUCUACCGACACCGUCUGAUUCCCAAUCAACUAAUCGACACCAACAACCGAGACACCACAACAACCAUCUUCGGACACAAGGUCUCAGCCCCAAUCGGCUUUGCCCCAAUCGGUAUCAACAAGAUCUACCACCCAUCCGGCGAAGCCGCCGUCUCCAAAGUCGCCGGCGAGCUCAAUCUCCCCUACUGCCUCUCCACAGCAGGCAGCACCUCGAUCGAGAAAGUCGCCGAAGCCAAUGGUUCCGGCCCACGCUUCUUCCAACUCUACAUGCCCCACGACGACGAGCUGACCAUCUCGCUACUAACGCGAGCAUGGCAAAGCGGGUUCGACGCCCUGAUCCUCACAACAGAUACAUGGCAACUUGGGUGGCGACACGACGACGUAGCCUCGUCGAACUAUGCCUUCUACCGCGGAUUCGGGGCGGACCUCGGUCUGACGGAUCCUGUGUUCCGGGAACGGUGUCGGGCUGAGGGCCUUGAUCCUGACGUUGAUGUUGUGCCUGCUAGUGCGAAGUGGAUUGAUUCCGUUUGGCAUGGGCGGGCGUGGUCGUGGGAGAAGAUCCCGUGGUUGAUGGAGACUUGGAGGGCGAUUAGUGGGGGGAGGCCAUUUGCGAUUAAGGGGAUUCAGUCGGUGAGGGAUGCGAGGAAGUGUGUUGAGCUUGGGGUGGAUGGGAUUGUUGUGAGUAAUCAUGCCGGACGGCAGGUUGAUGGGGCUGUUGCGAGUUUGGAUGCAUUGGAGAGGAUUGCGGAGGAUGUUGGUGACAGGAUCUUUGUGAUGUUUGAUUCUGGGGUGAGGGGGGCGAGUGAUGUUGUGAAGGCGUUGGCGCUGGGUGCGAAGUUUGUGUUUAUUGGCAGGCUUUGGAUCUGGGGACUGAGUAUUCAUGGUGAGGAUGGUGUUCGACAUGUUAUGAAGUCGUUGCUGGCGGACUUGGAUAUUCUGAUGGGUGUUGCUGGGUUUAAUGGGGUUGGGGACUUUGAUAAAACUAUUCUCGAGUCGGACCCGAAGAACUACUCGCUCAUUCCGCAGAAGACACUGUAG